CAUUCAGCCAAUGAGCUUCGACGUGGUAGAAACGCGGGCCGGGCGAGCGUCCGUUGGACGUGAGUAUUGUUGAGUACACGUGUGCACGGCGUACGGUGCAGUCGGGUAGUGGUGGUUACGGCAGGCGAGUGCACCCGUAUUAUGAGUGUUAUUGUUGACGCUACAGUGAGUGACUGAGCAAUGGAAGACGACAGUGAGAAGGGGUUGGCUAAUGGCGGGAGGGAUUCCUCACCGCCGGUGCCUUCGAGUCCGGGAGAGAAGGUGCCCUGCCUGCCUCCUUCCAGUUCCGAUCAAAUGCGCCGUUCGAGUGACGCGGACUCUGUGGGUGUGAAGCGCGGCGGACGCGGCCGUUCGGGAUUCGUGUCCCGGCUGCAGCACAGCGCGAGCAAACGCACCGGUCUGUCUCGCACUGGCCUCAUCGUCGCGAUAAUCAUCAUCUUGCUGUGUCUGGCCCUGUUCAUCGCCGUCAUCGUGAUGGCUGCUUCGUGGCCUGUCACUCCACACAACCUCAGCGCGCCGCUCUGUAGGACAGCUGCGUGCCUCACGGCUUCUGCACAGGUGGUGUCAGCGAUGGGCAGCAGUGAUCAGAGUGCCUGUGACGACAUGCUGAAAUUCUCUUGUGGUUCAUGGCUGCGUGACAAUAGUAUCCCUGCAAGCCGCAACACAUGGAGUCAGACGGAGCAGCUACUCUCUAAAUAUAAUGAGGUGGCAAGGUCGCUGAUUGUGAAACUACCUCAACCAAAUAAAAUUGAAUCAAUUGCAUGGAAAAUGAAAAACUUGUAUGAGUCAUGCAUGGAACUGGACAGCAUAGAAGCUGAUGGGGACAGACCUUUGCUUAGGAUUAUUAAUGAACUUGGUGGCUGGCACGUACUGAGAGACUUUUCUGUGCAGUCGUUUGACUAUAAGAAGACUUUGAUCAAGCUUCAUAAGAAGUACGGUGUUUCACCCUUCUUUAGAGUUUCUGUAGUUCCUGAUAACAGGAAUCCAGAAAGAAAUGUUAUUCAGAUAACUCCAAUUGAGCUGGGACUCCCUGACCCAAGCUAUUAUUACAGAGUAGCAGAGAAUGCGGUAGCUAUGGCAUAUCAACAGUUUCUGACCGAUGUGGUGCAGCUUCUCGGAGCAACCAGCACUGAUGCACGAAGCUUUUCUAGCAACAUGUACCACUUUGAGAAGCGGAUAGCUGAGCUCCUGAAUGUAUCUGAAGUGCCUGCAAAUCCAAAUGAGGCAUACAACCGUCUCACCAUUGACAAGUUGCGGCAAACAGCACCUUCGAUUCCCUUGCAAGACAUCCUGCAAGGUCUGUUUCCGAGGGCAAGAAUUUCAGACAAAACGGAAAUUAUUGUUACGGCCCCUUCUUACUUGAGCAAGGUUUCAAUGCUCCUGUCAACAACUGAUCGCAGCUCAUUGAAUGACUACAUGUUGUGGAAACUGACUGUCAUGUACUUGCCAUAUCUGUCGAACAGUUUUAGAUCUGUUUACAACAAUUACAAUAUUCAGUUAACAGGUGUGCAGGAACCUGUUGAACGAUGGGAAAUGUGUGUGGAGACUGUGGAGAAGUUUAUGAGUUUUGGUCUAGCAACCAUGGUGGAGAACACUUUCCAUGAAGAUGAAAGAGAACUGGAAAGGACGGAGGUUAGUAAAAUGUUUGACAGCAUACGUGCAAUUGUGAGAAACAGUUUACUCGGAGCAUCAUGGUAUGGGUCAGAGUUAAAGCGACUUGCUGUAGAGAAGGUGAAUGCAAUGGCAUUGGCUGUUGGAUUCCCAACUUCAGUUACAACAGACAGUUUUCUCGAAGAGUAUUAUUCUUCAUUCCGUGUGCAGAAGAGAGACUUCUUUCUAAAUGUUCAGUUUGGAAUUGAAUUCUUGUUGGCAAAAGAGAUGGAACUUCUGGUAUCACCAUCUGAGGAACAAAGGUGGCUUGAAAUCAUGGCAUCUUCAGCUGACGUUACAUAUAUACCCACGGAAAACAAAAUUGUUAUCCCCCAACGACGCCUUAUGGAACCUUAUUUCAGUGCAGCUUAUCCAAAGUCUGUUCUCUAUGGCCGACUGGGAGUGCAGAUAUCUCGUGGAAUAGUGUGGGGUGUCAUCUCUCCCUGGGGAGCUCUCCACACAGCUGGAGGGUCUCUGUUGCUGCCAUACAGUCCUGAAGUGGAUCAACUUGUGCAGGCAGUGGCCGAUCCGGUUGCCUGUGUGAUGAAAGUUUCUGCACAAGUUGCAGGUGCUGAUGAUAUGCUUGCCAAUAGAACUGCCCUGACAACAACCAUUGAAGUUUCUGCUGUGAGAAGUGCUUUCAAAGCUUUAACUGAAAUUACAUCUAAGGAUCCUCAUAUCCAUCAGCCAGCUUUGGAGGAUUAUGAAAGUGAACAGUUAUUUUUUGUGUCCUAUGCUCAGAGUACGUGUUCACACUCAACAAUCCAACAGAUGGAUAUUGAUAACACAGUUAGUAGAAGAUUAAACAGUAGCCAGUUGAUUCCUGUUGUUCUGAAACAACUACCAGAGUUUUCAGCAGUUUUCUGCUGCCCAAAAGAAUCAACACAUUAUGCUUCACAGCCUUGCCAUGACAUACUGUAAUUUAUAAUUUUUGUUCAUCAAUCAGAAUUUGUUGGUCUUUCAUUUUCUAACUGUUGUUAUUUCACAAUGAUUCAUGCAUCACUUUCAAAUCAUCACAUCAUAGAAGUACUUCGUGCUGUGCAUAUAGAAUAUUGUUACUGACUAAUGAUGUUCACAGUUUUUGUUUGUUGUUCCUAAAUCUUAAAAAUCAGUAAGAUAUAGAAAGUCUAACUAUGUAUAUGUGAAGUUCCAUUAGAUCUUUGACAAUCUAGUAUGCAAUGUAUAAAUUAUGUUACACUGGCUUAAAAAUCAGAAAGCAGCAGGAAAUAAUUGAUUUUGUAUAUAUCUGAAAAUAUGGAAAGCAUAGAACAGUUUUUUAUACUGUCACUUUGAAGAAUUUGAAUAGUUUUUCUAGAAGUGUUAUAUUUUUGGAUAAAAAUAAAUAUAUUGCAAAAUAUAGUGAUUCUGUGCUAGUCUUUAAAAGUAUUUUAAUAUUUUUGUAAUAAUAGUCGUUGUUCAUCUUGUGAACACAAUAUAUGAAAGAAAACAUUUGUCCUGUGCAAACUCGAUUUAUUUUAUAUCUUGUAAUUACAUCUAAUCUAAGUAUCAGCAUUUUCAAAACGUUGCUGCCAUCAAUUGUGAUUAUGUAUCAUAAGCCUAAAGCGAUAAGUAA